AUGGUCUCACUGCAGCAUCUCACAGCAGAACACAAACUUCAGCCCUUUUCUGACUGCCUAAGUUUAACACAGUUUUGUGCAGAUGUUGAAAAAUCAAAGACCAUGGGCCAAAUCCAGCCUGUUGUUUUUCUAGGUUCCUCAUCCCCUUCACUAUCUGUGCUGGGCUACACCCUGCAGGCCUGCAAGCCCCGUAGCUGCCCAGCCUCGAGACAGAAGAAAGAGCUGAGAGACAGCGACAGAGAUAUCAACAGCUUAUUGGACAUGGGAUAUUACAUAUCCAAACCCAAGCCCGGCCCUCGCGAGACCCACGCUGCGCAGCCGCAUUCGUUCGUGUUUAGCCGAGUUGCGGGGAGGCGGCAGCGUCCGUGCUCCGGCUGUCUGCACGGUCUCGUGGAGCUGCUCACAGCCACCGCCUGCCUGCGGGGACGAAAGACAAACUCUUUGCAGGAUUCUGUGGUACUGGCUGGGUCCUGCCGAGUCACAUAUUUACUGGUCUUGAGCAAAAUGGAGACCAGUAUUUACAUUAAGCUGAUGCACCUCCCUGGAGGCCCCACCUUGAUCUUCCAGACGAACUCGUACACGCUGGUGCAUGCUGUGGUUUCCUCGCUGUGCUGGUACCGUGUGCUUGAGUGGCAGUUUGCCCAUCCUUCCCUUCUGGUGCUGAGCAGCCUUGGGCCCCAUUAUGUGCACGUGAAGCUCACGGCAACCGUGUUCCAGAACCUGUUUCCCAUCUAUGUGCACAAGGCGAACGUGAACGCCGUCAAGCGCCAAAUUCUCAUCAACUGCGGUCCCUACUCCCAGGAGCUGGAAUCCCGCUAUUAUAGCAUGAAAGCUGUUGUGGGAGCAUGUUGUAGAAUGAUGAAGCUUCUCAGGAGAUGA